CCGUACCUGCGCGUACGAAGAGCCAGCACUUGCGGUGCCCAGGGCUAUAUAAGGCGCUCGUCGCCCACACAAAUGUCAAGAGUUGUAAUCCCAACAAAAGUAGAGUCUUGUUACUCGAUCUGAUUAACUUCAGGCUUUUGCUCUGGUCUUCUCUUUCCAAGUGAGGCUGUUCAAACUGACCUCUGGGUGACCUUUCACCUAUUGUCAGGGGUCAUUCCUCUAUCUCGUCGACGUGCAUUAUCAUCUUCGGAUAAUCUCGUGACGUAACAGGUUACCCAUUUGAUCCCACUUGAUUUGCCGUGACCUUUCGGUCUCAUCAUCAUCUUCAUGCCCUGUAGCGCCAGGUUGAUGGAUAUCUCUUAUCGCUUCUGCUAACAUCUAGCGUCGGACAGGUAACGUAUACUUCUCCGUCGUGUGUGUAUUUCUCGUGUUUGCAGGACCCGGACCUCUUCUUCUUUUCCUUUCCUACUUCAUACCAGAUCAACGUAAUCUUCUACCAUCUUCCGUAACAGUUUGAGACAGAGUCGCUCUAUCCGACUGGACGUGGUCGGACAAGUGGAUACGGUACCCACUUCACUGUGUUAGAUCUUACGAGAACAAUGUCACCUACCGAGUAGUGAAAAGCCCGGAAAAGUUAGCGUGCAUAACCGUGUGCCUUAUGGUAGAAGUUUUUUAUUUAUGCCGUCUGAAAGAUGAACGGAAAUAUUGACACCACAUCGAACCCGGACGAGAAGAACAGAAUUCCAGUUCUGGAUUACGAUAAUUACGAAUAUGCCCACACUGAAAACGAAACGUUUCUCGCCAGUAUUAAAGAGAUCCUGGCAGACAAGCCACCAGUUCCAUUCAGGCAUGAAGAUCCUUUCGGAAAGUCAAUUGAGUCCCCGGAAGUCAAUGGCAAAACGUCUAAAGAAGCUUUAAAAUUUCUGAAGAACAUCGAUCCAAAAUGGAUAUCGGAAAUUGCUGGCGAUGAGGAAAUCGAUAUUUACUUACACGAAAACAUUAUUGGCAAAUAUACCGUGAAAACCCAUAGGCUGGCAGUUCUCGAUUAUCUACCUAUCAUUCACGUAAAGGUCAUUCUCGAAAUCCAUUCUGGAUCUAUUGCAAAAACGGUAUACCACGAAGGCUGUGUUAAUGGAACACUAGAAACCAUUUGGCAGAAAAGUGUUGAGGAAGAAAAAGUAGGCGCCCAGCGCAAUCGAUACACUUGCUACAUCGAGAAGCGUGAAAAAGAAUUCCUGGUAAAUGUGCUAAAUUUGGAAAAUGGUUCCAGUGCUGCAUGGUACCAUGAGUAUACGAAAGACUUGCUCGAAGGAUUUGUUGGUAUGUGUGCAAAUGUUCUGUUGGAACGUUUAUUGGCAGCGAAUGAAGUCACUCCUGAGAACCUUGUGUUUCUGACGGUCGAUCGGCUGGGUUGUAUUCAGAAAAUGGAAUACAGCCAAGUUCCUAAUAAAAUGAUCGCGUUGUGGCCCUACAGAACUGACUGUUUUGGGUUUCAAACCACAACUCAUCUGAAGGACCGCACGGUUAGCUGCAGCACGUACUUGCUAAACCGAAGGGUUGUUUACAAAGAAAUCCCGGAUAACGAGGCGGUGAUCAAAAGAAAUACAGUUCCUCCAUUCGAAAAGUCAGCAUCGAUUCCCCCACUUAAAAAGCAAAUCCGCGCAUCCGAGGAGAUGGGAGAUAACUGGUUUAUUAACUUACAAAAGGAUGAACAGCUGCGAUUUGCCAGAAUGACCUAUUCCAACACAGUUGGUCGAUACCCUAAACUCGUUGAACCGUUGCAACAAAUGGUGCACGCCGUGCUGGUUUUCCGGCCGGAUGACAUUUUUGGUUUUGUUAACAAAACCUUUCAGAAAUGGCGAACAGUAUUCAAGGAACAGCAACGGACUAGUGAGCAACGCAAUACAAAGGAUACCACAGACACCGAGAUUCCUGCCACGGAGAACGAUUUUAUUAACCUCCUAAAAGCCUACCAAAGUUAAGAAUCAAAGCCGGUUUCCAGUCAAAAACAGAAAAGCUGCAAUAACUGCUCUCUCUGUACGACAUAUAGAGAAGUACUCGUAGCCCAAGUUCUCUCUCAGCAGCAAAUGAUGUUGUGCGAGAAUCUCAGAGUAAACAGCUCAUGGUAUGCGCAUUAAUUAUAAUUAUGUGAAACAAUUUUACUGAUGCCACCAAUGCAUUCGCAAUCUAUGGCGCUGUUCAUGCACAACUUCAACCGACUCUUCGUUUUUAACCCAAUGAGAAUGGUCAUCCACUGGUUUUGAGUGCAUUCCCGGGUGGAGAUUGUGCCUGCCAUGUGUUUCUCC